UAAAAUGGUGCACGGCCAUGGUUUCCAGCGAUGCAUCCCUCCGUCCACGAGAGUGCAGGCUUUCGCUGCCAGCUGGUAAGUCUCUAGACAAACCAUGAAAACAAACCAAGGCAGAUUCUAUGGUAAAAAAAAAAAAACUAUUUACAUGCAUCCAUUGUAAGAUCUUACACGAAUGCAUCCGGGCUUUUGUAUUAAGAUGCUACCUUUAAGUUCAACAUUGCACGUUUACAUCUGCAUCUUGUUAUCUUGGUGUUUUGAAUAAUGAUCUCAGAUGCGCUCCAGUAGUCUUCGAUGGACAGAUGAAGACCUCUGAGCUGCAUUGCCGAUAUUACUUCACCAUACAUCUUAUUACAUAAUUGGCACACUGUGGAACUGAAGUAAAGUAGUGGGACGACAUGAUUACUCGUCAAGAUGUACUGCGAAAAGAAAAAGGUGAUCAAUAAGUAAAUGUAACCGGCUUGGUGAUCGCCCCAAGAAAAGCAAUUCAUUAACCAAGAAUCAGUGUGUCCUGUGCUGUCCCCACUGAACCUCCAAUCCCGUCUCUCCUCUGAAGGUCUCUGUCUUUCUCCAGACAGCGCAAUGAACCUCAGAAAGAGGAGAGACGCUGCUUUUGACGCGAGACGCUGAACCGAGCGCGAGCGCGAAGCCGACAAUGAAAUGCGCUGCGAAAUCUGCCCGGAUUGUGAGGAAAUGACCUGAGCUGUGAACGAGAAGAAGAUGACGGCGAUGAUGAUGGAGAGGAUCGGGGCGAUUCGGCUUUACCUCAUGAAAUGGAUUUGUCUGCGCUGGGCUUGGGUUUGCGUGGCUGCCUGUGGUGGGAAAGUGGAGUUACACACCGAGAGGAGAGGAGUGAUCUACAGCCCAUCGUGGCCCCUCAACUAUCCGCCCGGAGUGAACUGCAGCUGGAAUAUACAAGGAAGCCGCGGAGAUGUGAUCACCAUCAGUUUUCACAGCUUUGAUGUGGAGGACACGGGGGACUGCAGGGGAGACUGGCUGCUGCUCGGCCCCACGUGGAAAGCUGAGUAUCGCUUCUGUGGCUCUGUUCUUCCUCCUCCCUUCAUCUCAUCCAGAGGACGAGUCUGGGUCUACUUUCACUCUCAGUCGAACAGCUCUGGACAGGCACAGGGCUUCAGACUGUCUUAUAUACGAGGUCGCCUGGGUCAGAGUAGUUGUGAGAAUGAUGAAUAUUUAUGUGGAAAUGGUAAGUGCGUGCCACGUUCCUGGCGCUGUAAUGGAUUGGAUGAGUGUGGAGACAACACAGACGAAAGGAGCUGCGCUGCCCCGCCGACACCCGCCCGGGUCAGUCUGUGUCCGCCUGGUACCUUGCAGUGCUCUGAUAUCCAAUCUACCCGCUGUCUGCCGGUGUCACUACGCUGCAACGGAGCCAGGGACUGUCCUGACGGAUCCGACGAGGCCCACUGUCCCGACACCUCCUGCGGAAAACACUUAGUCAACUUCUAUGGGACGUUUGCCUCACCUGAUUUUUUCCGUCCAAACAGGAGCGCUGGCACAGAUCUUCACUGCACAUGGUUCCUAGACACACAAGACCCCAAGCCGUUGGUUUUGCAGGUGGACCUACAGCUGGGUGUGGGAGAUUCUGUCCGUGUUUACGAUGGUUUGGGAGAACGUGCAGAACGUCUUCUGCAGUCUCUCUCUCACCAUAAUAACCACAGACGAGCCCUCUUGGAGUCAUCCCAGGGACAGAUGAGCAUCUUCUAUCAUGCCAAACCACACAGCCCUGGACACGGAUUCAACGCCACCUACCAGGUUAAAGGGUACUGCUUCCCAGGUGAGCAUCCAUGUGGCACGGACGAGGGCUGUUACUCUGAGCUGCAGCGCUGUGACGGCUACUGGCAUUGCCCUGGUGGCCGAGAUGAGGAGGACUGCCCUCUGUGCCAACCAGGAGAGUAUCCCUGCGAGGGUGGCAGUGGGGCGUGUUACUCGGCCUCCGAGAGGUGUAACAACCAGAAGAAGUGCCCCGACGGCUCAGAUGAGAAAAACUGCUUUGACUGCCAGCCUGGAAACUUCCACUGUGGAACCAACCUGUGCAUCUUUGAGACGUGGCGCUGCGAUGGACAGGAGGACUGCCUCGACGGCAGUGAUGAAAGAGACUGUCUUGCAUCCGUGCCCAGGAAGGUGAUCACAGCGGCACUGAUUGGCAGCUUGGUCUGUGGACUGCUGCUGGUCAUUGCACUGGGCUGUGCCUUUAAACUCUACUCGCUCAGGACAAGAGAGUACAGAGCUUUUGAAACCCAGAUGACUCGGCUAGAGGCGGAGUUUGUUCAGAGGGAGGCUCCGCCCUCUUAUGGUCAGCUGAUAGCUCAAGGUCUCAUACCUCCAGUCGAUGACUUCCCAGUGUACAACCCCACCCAGGCAUCUGUUCUGCAGAAUCUCCGCUCAGCAAUGCGGAGGCAGAUACGUCGCCACUCUUCUCGUCGCUCCUCUUCUCGGCGGCGACUUGGUCGUCUUUGGAAUCGCCUGUUUCAUCGUGGCUCUCGGUUACGGGGUCAGAUACCUCUCCUCACACCUCCAGGCCACACGCACACAAGCACGCACCCCGAUCUGAGCCUCCACAGCUACAACACAACGGACGAUGGCAUCGAGGAGCCAAGUGACAGUGCGGGACAGACUCCGCCCCCCUGUUCAACGGUGGCACUGGGACUGGCCCUGCAGGCUCACACCGAGGCUCUCUGCCUACCUGACAGAGAGUCCCCAUCCUCUCCUCUGUCCUUGCCCUCCCCCGGCUCACCCCGCUCCACCUCUGACACCCUGGAGGACGAAGAUGAUGAAGAUGACAGAAGUUUAGAGAGGAUCAGAAUGAGAUCCAAACAGGUCAUUUCCCCUAAACAUAAAGAUGACGACAGUCCUCCUGGACCCCCCGACAGCCCCAAACGCAGCACAAGCCGGUCGAGGUGUUCCAGGCGGCUGGUGCAGGAACUGGCUGCAGAGCUCAGAGGAGUCUCUCUCUUACGGUACACCUCUGUGGGCAUCUCACCGCUCUCCUCCCCUGAGUCACCCACGUCCUCCAGCGGUCAGUCCGAGGAGCAGCGAAGCUUUCCCACGUUCAGAAAACCACAUAUGGACACACACACAGACUCGCUCACAGAUGCUCAUGGGCACGCCAGGAAAUCUUCAGUAACAGAAGAGGUUCCUAGUGACAGUGUCAGGCUUUGCAGACUCACAACUAGCGAGGAAGAGGAUGAUGAGAUUUUGUUAGUGCACUGAAUAGCCUUCAUCACCACCCCUGUUCUGAUUUUGUGCCAACACAGUGAGCCUUGCUAGGUUCAACCAACAGACUUCCAUCCAGAGUCGUAAAGUACAGUACGUUUACAUACGCAGUUAGAAUCAAGUUUUUUGCCUUUUUACAUUUUAAGUAUACAUAUACUUAAACAGAUAUUUGAAGAAUUAAAUACACAAGACUAAAGCCAACUGCAGUCUGAUUAAAGGGAUAGUUCACCCCAAAAGUUUGUCAUUAAUUAAAUACCCUCAUGUUGUUCCUGCAAGUAAAAUAUUUUUGAUGAAGUUCAAGCCCAGAAAGGUAGUAAAGACAUCAUUAAAAUAGUCAGUGUGAUAUCAGUGGUUCAACUGUAGUUUUAUAAAGCUAUGAGAAUACUUUUUGUGCACAAAGAAAACACUUUAAAUAUUUAUUCCCUUCUAAAUUAGAAAUUGAUGCCAGUUCUCGAUAGUACCGUGAUGGUGGGUGGAUGAACCAUCCCUUUAACAUGUGUACAUGCCACAUAAAAUCAUGCUGCAAUUACAUCUGUUAGUGCAACUUUGCAGAAACCCGACUGGUACGACUUCAGUCAUCAUUCAUAUGCAUUUUAAAAGACAAAUUAUUGCUUUAGUCAGACUGAAAUCAAUCUUUAUACACAUAAACGCGCUGCCGUUCGAAGCAUUGGGUUCAGUAAAAAAAAUUCUUUCAUUUUCUUAGAUUUGUAAAUCAAAAAAUGUAAUCAAAGUGGCCAUACUGGAUUCAACAUUGUUACGAAUAUUUCCGCUUCGAAUAAAUGCAGUUCUUCUGAUCUUUCUUUUUACAAAGAAUCAAAAGCCAAAAUUGACAGUUUCCACAAAAGCAUUAAGCGGCACACUUUUGAGCAUCGAUCAUAAGAAAUAAUCACCCCAUUAGCAUAUUAAGAUGAUUUCUGAAGGAUCACGUGACACUGAAGUCAUGGCUGCUAUAAAAUUCAGCUUUGCAUCACAGGGAAUUAAAAUUCAACAGUUCUGUUAAACUCUGAUAAAACAUUGCAGUUUAUGUAUUUUCAUAAAAGAAACAGGCAGCCUUGGUGAGCAUAAAAGAGACUUCUAUCAGAUGUGUUAAAAAAUCGUACUGACUCCUAAACCUUUGAACGGUAGUGGACUAAAAGGUUUUGAGUCUUGUAGUUGUAGAAUGUUUGACAUUUUUUCCUUCAUUGUAUAAAUGGAGGAAUCAAUCUCAGCUCAGACACUGCAGUGUCAUUCUUAAUUAGAAAAUCUCACAGUUCAGCUCCAGAUUGUUCACUUGCUAGAAAUCACCAAAAAUCUUAUGAAUGUGACUGCAACACUAUAACACCAUUUGAUUACCAAGGACUGAGUAUACUUUCCCACAUGGAAUAUAACAGUCUUCCAUUAGUAAUAUUCUGUCAUGACCUUCAGAAUCUGAAAAGACUUCAGAGAUCUCCUCUCACCUGAGCUGCCCGGCACCUUAUAAGAGAUUCACCGUGUCGCCCGCAGAGGGGAAACGAUCCUACGGUCGUCUAAGUUUUAACAGAACCGGCCAGUUCUCUCAGAAUGAUGCUUUAUACGUUCACAUCUGAAUGUUAAAGUGUUGGUUGUGCUCUACAUAAAUGCAUUUUUCCUCUUAUAUUAUACAUACCGUUCAAAAGGUCGAGGUCGGCAAGAUAUUUUUUUGAAACGUGAAGGUUUUGAAAGAAGCCUUUAAUUCUCACCAAGGCUGAAUUUAUUUUUUUCGAAAUCUACAGCGACAACAUUAAUAUUUAAAACAGCUGCUUUCUAAUUCUACUUUGAAAAGUAGUUUAUUCCUUGUAAUGUCAAAGCUGAUUUUUCAGCUUUGUCUUCAGUGUCACGUGAUCCCUCAGAAAUCAUUCAUAAAUUUGCUGCUCAAUAAUCGCUUAUUAGCAGUUGCGCUGCUUAAUAUUUUGUGUAAUUUAAUGCAUUCUUGCUAAAUAAAAGAAUUGCUAAAAAAAUAAAAUAAUAAAAUAUGACCCCAAACCUUUGAAUAAUAGUGUACAGUUUUAUACCCUUAAACUACUGGAGAUGUUUGCUGAUUUAGUGAUGAUUAUCAGCUUUUUGUAUUUAAGGAUUGUUUUGUUAGUCUGCUUACCAGACUGUAUAAUAUCAUGGCAGGUCUACCAUUGACAUUAAGCUUUUUCCUAAUGCAAAAGACGGCGAGUCUUUUUUGAAGGGAAGCAGAACUCAGGGAUCGUAUAAAGGCUCAUGAAAGAGAAGCAGUUAACCUGGAUUUCCUUGUUAACGGCUGUUAGGAGAAGUGCUGCUGCCUCAGUUGAGUUCUGAAGCCAUCAGGACAUCAGAGUCAUGGAGAAAUGACUCGACAUCCCCAUACACUCACACACGUCGGUGUCUUUGUUUUUCAUAACAACCUAUCAUUUCAUUUGCAUUAAUGCAUUUGGUACUUAAGAAAAAUAAAUAUGUUGCUUCCGUAUCCAUGAAUGUACGUAUGUCCUGUUAAGGAGUCUAAUGCUACAUCCUUUUUAGCUCUAGCACACUUCGACCUGGUCUAAGCUUGGAAAUAAGAACCAGUCAAACUAGACCCAUCUCCUUCCUUUCAUUCUGUCUGCUGGCUGACUGCCUGUUAUUUCACACAUUUCCAUUCUCCAUUCCCUGACUGCAGGAUUUCUUCUCUGAUCCUAUAUGUUUAAGAAUGUGCCAUUUCAGAGAUUGACAGAUUUUAUAGAAUCGCAGAUGUUUUAAUACAUUGUGAAGCCUUUAGAUUGUGCCAUUAGAGAGGUCAUGCACUUUCUGUCUCGUCAUUUGUUGGGCUCAGUUGAAAUGAUUGAGAAAAUUAAAGCACUGCUAAGAGACUUUACUUGCGGCAUCCAUGAUUUUUUUAAUAUAGUGUCCUUUAUGUUCUGUGAAAUUCAAGUAAAAUCCAACAGAAGAAAUAAAUCAACACAUGCCAUUAUAAAGUCUUUUAGGGUUUUUCGGCCAGCAGCUCGAAAAUCCUAGACCAGUGUUUUUGUUUAGUUUUUUUUGAUUCGACGUCCACCUGUUGUCCAACACAAUAUGUGAAAAUGAUUAAUUUUGUAUUUACAAAAGUUUUGAAUAACUGUAUGUUCCUGAAUAAAAAAUAGGAAAAAUAACGUUUAGAUUUUUAAAGUCCCUUUGACAUAAUCAAUUUGAAUAAUUGUACGUCACCCUGUGCCUCUCUUGUUUACUGAGGCUCCUCGAUUUAAACCACUGACUUCUCAUUUUCUCUUUAAUUUUCAUUUCAGUCUAUGGUUGCCUUGAACAUGAAUAUGGUUGCCUUGAAUUUUUUUUUUACCUCUAAAUCUGGUUGUGUAUGGCUGGUAUUGGUCAAGGUUUUUAUGUAUUUCCAUUUGCUGGAAGGAUGAAAAAAAUGUGUUUACCUGUACCUUGUAUUAAACAAGAUUUCUUCAUUAGA